AUGAAUGCGUCAGCCCCCGCUGAGCGACUGUGCCUUCUCUCUCCGUCCCCAGACAGCAGCUACGAGUACGUGCUGGAGCCCUCGCCCGUCGCGCUGCCCCUGCGCAGGCCGCAGGAGACCCGGGUGCUGCAGGUGGCCUGCGGCCGCGCCCACUCGCUGGUCCUCACCGACAACGAGGGCGUGUUCAGCCUGGGGAACAACGCGUACGGGCAGUGUGGGAGGAAGGUCGUGCAGGACGAAGUUUACAGCGGCAGUCACGUGGUCCACAGGAUCCAGGGCUUCGACAGCAGAGUGAUCCAGGUGGCCUGUGGUCAGGAUCACAGCCUGUUUCUGACUGAAGACGGCCAGGUUCAUGCCUGUGGCUGGGGCGCAGAUGGUCAGACAGGACUGGGGCACCACGCCGUCAGCCCGCAGCCAGCGCGCGUGUGCGGGGAGCUGGAGGGGGUGCGGGUGAGGCAGGUGACCUCGUAUGGGGACUGCAGCCUGGCUGUGUCCCAGGACGGGGAGCUCUUCGGCUGGGGCAACUCGGAGUACCUCCAGCUCUCGGCUGUCACCGAGGCCACUCAGAUCAACGCUCCACAGCGCCUCCCCCUGCCCGGGGUGGGGCAGGUACAGCAGGCAGCCUGCGGAGGGACCCAGGUGGCAGUACUCAAUGAAAAGGGGGAGGUGUUCAUUUGGGGAUAUGGUAUUCUGGGAAAGGGGCCUGACCUAUCAGAGUCCAAGACACCAGAGAUGAUCCCGCCCACGCUGUUUGGACGCACACAGUUUAACCCUGAGGUGACUGUGGCACAGAUCCACUGUGGACUCAACCACUUUGCCGCUAUCACAAAUCGGGGAGAGCUCUUCGUCUGGGGCAAGAAUGUGAGAGGGUGUCUGGGCAUCGGGAAGAGAGAUGACCAGUACUUCCCAUGGCGGGUGACAGUACCCGGCCAUGUGGUUGAUGUGGCCUGCGGCGUGGAUCACAUGGUAGCCUUGGUGAAGUCGCUGUCGUGAUUUGCUUGCCUGCCUUUUCCUCGACCUGCCAUUAUCGUCUCACCCACCGGGGGGGGGGUGGCUUCUGGCACCCUUACACCUCCUGCAACCCAGAGACAGAAGAGGACACUCAACGUUUAGGAUUUAAACGAGGAGGAGGGGUCGAAGUGUUUUAGCCUGGGCUGGCCCCUCCAUCUAAUGGGGAAAAAAAACAAAGGCAGAUUUCAGCUCAGGUUUUUUUCUGGAGCUCUUACAAAGCGGCAUUCAGCUUGAUCGCGAGACAUCGUAAACGUCACAGUGGGAACUGAAUCGCGCUCAACCUGGCUGGAGGAAGAAGCUGUCCUGCCUUUCAAUUUCAAAGAUGUUUUUUUCAAUCCUCAAUAAAUACUAAUGUGACAUGUGA